AGCCCCUCGCUCCCUGCGGGCCGCGUCAGGCGUGGGGUGCGCGGGCCGCCGGGCGGGCCCGGGCAGGAGCCGCCGCAGCAGCCGCAGCCGGGCGGCCGCGCUCGCCGAGCAGCGGGAGGGCCGCGCCGCUCACCUCUUAGCCCGGGCCGCCGCUGCCCUCCUGUCCCCGCCCGGCCGCCGCCAUGGCGGAGACCGAGGAGCGGAGCCUGGACGACUUCUUCGCCAAGCGGGACAAGAAGAAGCGGAAGGAGAAGAGCAGCCGAAGCGCCGCCGCCGCUGCCGCCUCUAGCGCUUCCAACGCCGGCUCCAACGCGGCGGGCGCGACCGCGGGGACCCCGCGACCGACUGAGGGCGGCGGCUCCGGGGCCGCCGCCGCCUCCAGCGCCGCCGGCGGCUCCUCGGCCAAGGCGGCGAGCAAGGAAGAGGAUGAUUGGAAGGAGUUUGAACAAAAGGAAGAAAUUGAUUAUAGUGGUCUUAGAGUUCAGUCCAUGCAAAUAAGUGAAAAAGAAGAUGAUGAAAGUGAAAAAAGAGAAGAACCUGGUGACAGUUGGGAAGAGACUGGUAGUGGUGGUAGUGUAGACAGAUCAUCUGGUCCUUGGAACAAGUCAGCUCCUGCACCAGCCCCUGUCGUUGAACCAAUUGUUACAGAAGCUCCGGAACCAGUGCAGACGGGUGGCGUGUACCGGCCGCCAGGUGCCAGGGAAGGCGGGCGGCCACGGAGAGUGCAGCAAGGACCACCAGAGAUCUACAGUGACACGCAGUUCCCCUCACUGCAGUCCACCGCCAAGCUCGUAGACAGCCGAAAGGAUAAAGAAAUGGAGAAGAGCUUUGAAGUAGUAAAAUACAAAACUAGAGGUAGGGAUGAGGUCUCAAAAAACCAGGCACUUAAACUUCAGCUAGACAACCAGUAUGCUGUGCUUGGGGAUCAGUAGAGCUGCACACACAUUACAAUUAAGGAAUGCUUUUUUGGUAACCCUUCUACUAAGGUAACUAAACUACAGCUAACAGCUAUGAUGAACGUGCCACCUUAUUUCUGCUGGAUCUACUGCAGCAAGUGCAGACUGCUUUGACAUAAGUGAUUGGUUCUCCUGCACUAUGGAAGCAUAAUAUGUUGCAACUUCUCCAUUGGAUAUGGGGCAAAUUAAUGUAAAUGAUUGAACAAGAGUCAUCAGUGUGCUUUAAUUGCUCAGAAAGAUACCUACAGCCAGUGGUCAUUUCAAAAUCUUUUUAUGUUCAGAUACUGAGCCUUCGUAAAGGUUGACUACCUCAGACUUGAUGCACUCUUUGUGGACACCAUGUGGAUCACAACUUCUGGAAGAGAAGGUUACAGCUGUUUUAGUGGCCAUCUGAAACUUGAAACCAGCUCUACUGGAUUCCUGUCAGAAAUCCUGCAGAAGUCAGCCAUUUGGUUCCAAUUUGCUAUAACAAAGAUUUAAGUGACCUUAAUGACAAACCUGUUCGUUCCCCUUCUGAGGAAUCCUGUCACGUGUAGCCAUAGCCUACUAGAGACUUCUGGAGCGUCCCAUACCACUCACACUAUCCAAGUACAACAGAGCUGUAGUUUGUUUACCUUUCUAGAGUGCUGUACGGAAGUAACUGCAAAACAAAUUAAAACUCAUUCAGUAUCAGAUUGGAGGAAUGAUGGGUUUGAAUGGUUUGUUUGCAUUAGCCAUUUUCUAAGUUGUCUAAGUGUUUUUUUUUCUUUUCUAUUAUCCACAAAAGAAAUGCCUGCCUUGUUUCUGAUAUGGAUUUGCAGUAUAUUUAAAUAAUGGUAAAAUGUAGUGAAAUAGGGGUUUAUUUUGGUUUUUGUCUUGAAGUUUGUCUUUCUCACCCUAAAGCACUAAGAGUUUUGAUUUGACACAGAGGUAUCCAGACUCCAACUACAGUCUUGAGAAUUUGUCCUUUAAUAAUGAGACAUGUGGCAGUAGCGAUGCUAGAUAAAAACUGUCUUCUAUCAAAAACAAUUAUUUGUUUAUUGAGGAGUGAUGCUUAUUUGAUAAACAGAAUAACGUAAUAUACAGAGAGAUAACUAAAGCUGGUAAGCCUGAUUUGUUUGGCUACUUCUGUGAAGCGUGCAGCUGUCUGAGGCAGCAGUCCUCCAAGUAUAACUCAUAAAUGGUGUUUAUUCACAGUCAGAAAGUUUAGUAAUGAUGGAAGGCAGUGACUUCUUAAAGUUACUUAAUUUAGUGUAAGUAGGCAAAAUGGCACUGGUACACGAGGAAUAUAGGACAUUGCCUGUAACUGUUUCAGUGAGCCAAACCUGUCAAGUACCAGAAGUGUUCUGCUGUAACUGUUUUUCUCUUCUCUGAAUUUUUACACCAGAAGCAAAAUGAAGUACAAUAGUGGUGUGCUCCAGUGUUGAGGUUUCUCAGAGUAAAUGCCAAAAAAUAGACCCAACAUCCAUAAGUGUUGCCAAUGGCAAGAAAAACAAGGGAACAAAACAAAGCUUGCUUACGUGUGUCAGAGUACUGUGUAUGUGCAGAAGAUAAGGAUAGUUCAGGAAUCACCCGGUUGGGUUCCCUUUGACUAACUGCUGACUUGCUUUAAAUUUACUUCUCUGAGGUCAAUGCAGAUUUUGCUGUUGACUUCAGUGGGGCUGGGGUUUCACCUGGUUCUUUUGAGCACAGACUUAAAACUGGCCUUGCCCUUGCAGAGUUAACUGUCCAUAAAAAUUCUGCUAGAAGCUGCUAUUAAAGAGAGGGCUCAAGAGACUAUUCCUAAAGUUGGAGACUUCAUUUGGAAACAAAACCCCACUGAAAGACUGAUACCAAUACCUUGGACUCUGAGCCAUGUAUCUUCCUUGAAAAUCCAUUGUUGCCAGCAAAAGUGUUGUUGUCACAAUUUCUGUGGAAUUCAUGGUAAAUGGACAUGUCACUUGAUGGGGUAGAGAUGUGAAGUCUUAUGCUUUUCCUGAUGCUCUAAAGAGAUUUCAAUCACUAAUGCACAUGAACAGAGUUUUAGUCUCCUUUGUGAAGGGUAGAUGAGACUGUCCAUUGUACCACCUUUAUUUGAGGUUUUUGGGCAUGAAUCCCAGCAGUUCAAGAAAACCCUGUAAAAGUUUCAAAUCAAAUAAAAUGGAAAUAUACAUGGAUUCUGGAGUCUAGUGAGUCUUUACAUUUUAGUUUGAGCUCAUGACUGUACAAUAGCAGAGGAAACAGAGCAUUUGGAUCUCUUCAGGGAUAGGUCUUGGAGUGGACAGUUGUCCUUACAGUCAGGUGGGCUCUGUUUCAGAGCUUAUAGCAAUGCAUAUCAAUAAAACUGUUAUUCAUAUGUAGAGGUUUAGUUUGCUUCUUGGCACAGUGUCUUCUUGCUCCCACCACAGAGGACUGGUUUGAGAUUGUGAGUGAGUAUGAAUGAAGCUUUGAUUUGCGUUUCAUUUACAAGUACCUCUACUAAAUUAAAGAAUGGGGAAAAAACUGCAACCUCUGCAUGGCUGCUCUCACUGGACUCCAUCAGGUACUGAUAACUAAAGGUGUUCCUUUGGGGGCUUCUGUCAAGCAUAUCAUUCCAGUUUCUUUCUGGAGGCAUAAGGAAAAAAAAAAAUCUGAAAUGCAGCAGAUUUCCAUAGUACAGAACAUUAAAGUGUUGUAAAAGAAGUGUUUCUUGUGUUAAGUAUAGCUGCCAGCAGCUAUCAAAAUGCCAGUUGUCAGUAUCUGCCUUGUAAUUGCUCUGCAUGCCUGAAAUUUUGAGUCAGUUCUCUGCAGAAGCUCGGUACACUUUGGAGACUCUUGAAGCCCAGCGUUGUCCUGGUUUUUUGUUGCUUUCAUUCGAGGAAUGCAAAGAAUAUCCUUUUCAUUCCUUCAAAAUGCUUGUUGAAGGCUUAUUCCAUAAAUAAAGGGUUGUCAGUUGUAGAAGUGAGAUUCUUGAUGCCAGUCCAUAUAAUGGAGUUGUGUGCUCCUUCAGGGACUCCCUGGCAUGUGACAUGCUUUUAUGGUGGGUUGCUUGUUAAUUCCCAAUUUAAAGGUUCGGUUUUACUUUCUCUGUCUUACAAUAAAACAUAGCCAUAAAGUUACCAAUUUGCUGGUAGAACAUGGACAUGUCCAGCGCUUACUGGGAAAAGAACAGUUUGGAUUUGUGUUUCUCAGUGAUAGUCUGUAUUUAAGGAUGUUCAAAUGCUAAAAAGCAGGUAAUUUUAAUAAAGUUGGACUUCCCAAAUGCCUACUGUAGGUAUCUGGAAUAUGUAUUUACUUGAGCUGAUGAUAAAUACAGGAGAAGAUUAGUUUUGCCCCUGCCCUUCUCUCCCAGUUUAGCUGUGUCAUGUUCAAUCGUAUUCACAAAUUAAGAGGAACUGACAAUUAAAAGUGACUGUGUCCUGUACAAAACUACUUCAGUUUUGUAUUUGUGGCUAGCUUUACCAGUCAUGUCCACAGUAACCUAGAUGAAUUUUUAAUGGUAGCAGUUGUGCUAGAGGGCUCACACCACAGGGAAUAGGGCUUUUGGUAUUUGACUGCGUGUGCCAGCUCUUGGAAACUUUGACCACACCAUGGCUGAGACCCCUGUGUUCAGGUCAAGUGAACACAAUAUAAAUUCGAUUGGGCUGCACAUCUUUGGAGUUUGCUUAUCUGAGCUCUUGCAAUAGUUGUAGCUUUUUGCCUUUCUAAUUUCUGCCUGUUUGAGCAGUUUUAAACUUGCUUGUGGUUUUCUUUUAAAUACCCUAACUAAAAUGGAGCAGGAACUAAUACAGCUUCAUGUGCUUAAAUAAGGUUGCUUACUUACAAGGUAGUAAUAUUAUUCUCUGCAAUAUUGACAUGGUCAGAAAUUUAUACCUCAUUGGCCCAAGAAGCUAAAUUAUACCAAAACCACCUUGAGUACUAUAUAAUUUUUAUGAACAGCCAUGAUCCAGGUUUUGUUGCUGGACUGUAACUUUGUUCCCAAAUUCUCUCUCCCUGUUUUCAGCUUUUAAUAUUACAACUUGUUUUUAAUGUUAAAUAGGGGCUUUUAUGAGGCAGUAUAAGAAAAGAAUAAGUGUAAUCAAACUUCAGGUAUCUGAAUUACGUAUGUACAGAGGGGAUGAAAUCUGACAUAUAUUUGCAGAUAAACUCCAGAAAAAGUUAAAAAGACAGCUUGUCUUUAUUGAGGUUAAUACAAGAGCCUGCAAGCUCUAGGAGUUGGAGGAAGAAGUGACAGCAGAAAACAGAACUGAGGAGUCAUUACAAUUGUGUAUCUAAAGUUUGGCUUCUCAGGCAUCACCUGUAGUUCUGCCAUGUUCUGUUUGAAGUGACAUAGAGCAGAAAGGAAGAUUAAUAAAUAAAUAAACCAGGGAGAGUGGAAAUAAAGAAAAUAAAACACAGGUGCUGUAAGAAGAGAGGGAUUAGGAGGGCUGUUUUCUAAAUGAUGGCUUUAAGUGCAUAGCCUGAGGGAGUGGAGUGUCAGAUGUUGGAUAGUACAAGUGCUGUGUGGGUAGGCACUGCUUGCACAUGUGACAGAUUCAUCUGACUUUAAAUCAGCAAACUGUUUAAAGUUCAAUACUUGGGGAAGGCAGCACAUUUUAUUUCUUCCUUUCAACGAACUGGGAGAAUGGCUUCAGAGAGAAGGUAGGAUUUUGCAUUAGUAUGAAGCUGACCUGUUGCCUAAAGAGAGAACUGAGGACAAAUUUCAAGAUGGCUCAACAAUCCUCUUAGGAAAUAAAUUGUGUAUUUAAGAAAAUUAUUUUUCACUUCUGCAUGAUUAAAGGCUGAGACAUUGUUUCAAAUAGCUAUGAAGACUUUUUUUUUAUGAAGUAACUUCUAAAUGGUACAUACAUCAUGGGUUUCUCUUCAGUUGCUUAAGAGUAUGUGUUGAUGCAGCAAGGUUAAUGAAGUUCAGUGUUCACUUCAGCUAAGUUCUGCAUAGCCAGAAUACAAAUACUAAAAACAUAUCACAGUAUUAAUGAGUCACCAGGAAAAGCAGUGUGUCUGGAAUAUUGGAUUGGAAAGUGUCAUCUAAAACAACUGUGUGCACUGAAAAGAAGCCAAGCCCAUUUCUGAGCAAGAGCAUGGGAAGCAUGGGACCAAGAGAGUGGGAUUUGGCCUAGGUUUUCUACUGAGCUGCUAUGUUCAAAUAAUUUAGUUUCACUUUGCCUCAGUUUCCCCAGCUGUACCAAAAUAACCAACAACCUACCUCACAGGGAUGUUGUGAGGCCAAAGCUGUUCUUUGUCAAGGGCUGGGGCUGAUUGAAGGUUCUACAGAGGACUAAAAAUCUUUAUUAAAAUUAGCUUUUAUUAUAGUAUUUUAAUACUACUUUGGCAAAGGCUUAUUUCUAUGGAAUGUAAUAUACGUCCUAUUUAAGUAUUAUGUAAUUUGACUUAUUUUAGUAUGUAUAAGGAAAAAGUUCAGACUGAGCACUCAACUGGUAUUUCCUCUAUUCAAUUAUCUGUGCAACCCAAAUGGCAUAUUAAUGUGAGGUUCUUUGUUUUUAUGUGGAUCAUAUUAAAAUCAAUAUUGCUUUAUUUUGUAAACCCCAUGACUGAAAUAAAAUCCUGCUCACAGUUGA